GGGCAAUACCUUCUGCUUGUAGGACGGUCACCAACUGAUGCAGGGACGUGGUUCAUUCAUCAUCAAAACUCAAAAUAUGACCAAAUAUUUAUGUAUAUAAUGCAUGACAUAACUCUGAGCUAUUAUUCAGAACACACUUUUCAUGUGUUUAAAUACUCAGUCAAACCACUCCCGGUGCACUCUGCGUGUCGUGUCGUUAAUUGUGAAGUGAAAUAUUCCCACAGCACGUGAAGGCAGACAUGAGCUACGUCACUUUGAAUGAAAAAGAAGCGCUCAGCUGUAGUCCGAGGCAGAGGGGAGGCGUGCGGAGCGCUGCAAGAAACACCGCCACUUAUCAAGAGCUGUGAAGAGACUAGGACCUUACAGAAAUCGGUCGGGACAACACGAAGUUGUGAUUGUGUAGUUUUUUUUUUGUUUGUUUGUUUUGUUUUUCUUACCCCCCAUGAUGGCUGAUCAUCUUUUACAUUACAACGACUCAGCUGGGGUUGGGAACCGAUUCGCCCGCAAAGGUGCUUUGCGGCAGAAAAAUGUGCAUGAAGUGAAAAACCACAAAUUUACUGCGAGGUUUUUCAAGCAGCCGACGUUCUGCAGCCACUGCACAGACUUCAUAUGGGGAUUUGGGAAACAAGGAUUUCAAUGCCAAGUGUGCUGUUUUGUGGUUCACAAACGGUGCCAUGAAUUCGUCACCUUUUCCUGUCCUGGAGCCGACAAGGGUCCUGACACAGACGACCCCAGAAGCAAGCACAAGUUCAAGAUCCACACGUACGGCAGUCCCACCUUCUGUGACCACUGUGGUUCGCUGCUGUACGGCCUCAUCCACCAAGGGAUGAAAUGUGACACCUGCGACAUGAACGUCCACAAGCAGUGUGUGGUCAACGUCCCAAGUCUUUGUGGUACGGACCACACGGAGCGCCGGGGUCGCCUCUUCCUCAAGAUCGAGGUCAACUUGGACAGGCUACACGUCACAGUGGGUGAAGCCAGGAACCUGAUUCCAAUGGAUCCAAAUGGUUUAUCAGACCCCUAUGUAAAACUCAAGCUCACCCCCGACCCAAAGAAUGAGACCAAACAGAAGACCAGGACCAUCCGCUCCUCUCUUAACCCCUGCUGGAACGAAUCCUUCACCUUUAAGCUGAAAGCAUCAGAUAAGGACCGCCGUCUGUCCAUCGAGGUGUGGGACUGGGACCGAACCACCCGGAACGACUUCAUGGGCUCCAUGUCGUUCGGAGUGUCCGAGCUGAUCAAAGCUCCCAACUGUGGAUGGUACAAGCUGCUGAACCAGGAGGAGGGAGAGUAUUACAACGUUCCCAUCCCGGAGGUGGACGACGUCAACCUGGAGCUCCGUCAAAAGUUUGAGGCCUGCCAGUUAAAUAUCCACUAUCUCAAGAAAGCCAAGCUGGGCCAUGGUAAGAAAGUGAUCACGCCAUCAGACCACCGGCGGUUCAGCCUGCCUUCAGGUAACAUGGACCGGGUCCGACUGAGCGACUUCAACUUCCUGGCUCUUCUUGGGAAGGGCAGCUUUGGCAAGGUAAUGCUGGCUGAGAUGAAGUCAACAGAGGAGCUGUACGCCAUCAAGAUCCUGAAGAAAGACGUCGUGAUCCAGGAUGAUGAUGUUGAAUGUACGAUGGUGGAGAAGAGGGUCUUGGCCCAGAGAGACAAGCCACCAUUCCUCACACAGCUCCACUCCUGCUUCCAGACUGUGGAUCGGCUCUAUUUUGUGAUGGAGUACAUCAACGGGGGAGACCUUAUGUAUCAUAUCCAACGCAUGGGCAAAUUCAAGGAGCCGCAGGCAGUGUUUUAUGCUGCAGAGAUUGCUGUUGGUUUGUUUUUCUUGCACCGAAAGGGAAUCAUCUACAGGGAUCUGAAGCUGGACAACGUGAUGCUGGACUCCGAGGGUCACAUCAAGAUCGCAGACUUUGGCAUGUGUAAAGAGAACAUGUAUGAAGGCAUGAGCACACGCACCUUCUGUGGCACCCCGGACUACAUCGCCCCAGAGAUCAUAGCAUACCAGCCUUAUGGAAAAUCAGUGGACUGGUGGGCUUAUGGAGUUCUUCUGUAUGAAAUGCUGGCAGGACAGCCACCGUUCGAUGGAGAGGACGAAGAUGAGCUUUUCCAGUCCAUCAUGGAACACAACGUGUCCUACCCCAAGUCCAUGUCGAAAGAAGCCGUGUCCAUCUGCAAGGGACUGAUGACCAAACACCCAUCAAAGCGUCUCGGCUGUGGCCCAGAGGGGGAGAGGGACAUCAGGGAGCAGGCCUUCUUCAGACGCAUCGACUGGGAGCGCCUGGCAAACAGAGAGAUCCAGCCGCCAUUUAAACCCAAAGUGUGUGGCAAAGGAGCAGAAAACUUCGACAAGUUUUUCACGCGUACACAGCCUGUGCUGACCCCGCCCGAUCAGCUGGUCAUCGCCAACAUCGACCAGAGCGAGUUCGCAGGCUUUUCCUACAUGAACCCUCAGUUCAUCCAUCCAUCCCUGCACAGCGUCGUAUGAGGAGAGAGCAGAAAAAACACACACACACACACACACAAAAAAAGAAAGCAUGGACUGUCGCUCAACUACAGGAUCCUUCCAAAACUCCCACAAACGUCCCGCUGUCAAAAGACUCAUGUCAUCCUCUACAGUAUUCUGUCUCCUAGUUAUCAAUAUCUGUGUACAGAAAUGACUGGGGAGAGUGGAGCCAAGUGUUAAAACGAUGUUUGUGGGCGAGGAGAAAGUACAUGGCACUGAUAUUUUUUGCAUAAUUUGCCCAGACAUCUCAUGAUUUGACUUUAUUCUGAAUCUGAUCUGUGUUUUUUUUUUCCUCCAAACCUGCAGCCGUUUUUUUUUCUCUCGUGUAUGAAUGUGUCUAUCAGUUAAUAACUCUUUAGCUAUUAAAGAUGCAAGAUCCUUCUCAUCCUCACUCAUGUCGCCCAGUCUCACUACGCAACGAGCUGCAAUGCACGACAAGAACGGAACAUAUUUUUCUGCUCUUUCUCGGCUUUAUCUACUUCUGAACCGCUACGCGUGUAUUUUAUAUUUAUAUAUUUAAAAUAAAAAAGACCAAAAAAAAAAAAAAAGAGGUAGUAUACUGUUACAUGAGUGCCAAAGUAGAAGUGGAAAAAAACCUACAUUUCUAUCUUUAAAAGUCCUUGUAAUGUUUCCCCCCCUCUGGCUUUCCAAACACUGUCAACGCACUAAAACCCCUGAACAGGGAGCGUUUCUAUCUGUUGUUUUGUAAGACGUGGAGCUACACUUAUCUAACUCAACAUAGACAAACAGAAGCACAUUAUGCUUUUCAAGUUACAAGCUGUCUAGGCCUUGUUUGGUGCAGUGUGGUGGGUGAAUCCAGGAUGAGUUCAAGUAUAUAGGGUCAGAAAACUGUGGAUCAAAAGUUAAAGUAUAAAGAUGUUAUUUCCAUAUGCACAAAGCAGAUCUCUGUUGCAUGCUUAUUUUCUGACUCUGUAUGAGCAGUAGACUCUAGGAUGCAGUACACGUCUGGUAUCAUUGUAAAGUUUAGUAUUAUGAUAUAAACUAUGUUAAUAUAUAAUUGUUGUAUGUUUUGAAGAGUCUUAUUCUGAAGAAAAGUUUAUAACUGUUACGUAAAAAAAAAAAAAAGUUUUGUCCCUGUUUUAUGUUCUAGUUUAACUUUUAUGUCCAGAGAGAUGUCUAAACCUUUUUUUUUUCUUGUAAAUAUGUUUCAAAAAGAGAAGUUACUUGCAGAUUUUAUACUAUGAACUGAAUGUGCUUUUACUACCGUAGACGGUUUGAACAUUUCUAUGUUUAGAGUACCCCUAAGAAGAGUAUAUACAGUAUAUAUAUACAGUAUAUAUAUAACGUUUGGCUGAAUCUUUGGUAGCUUUGGUAUCAGCAAACCUUGUUAUAUGUAUUUCCACUAUUUAUCCAUUGUUUUCUACUACUCAGUGUCAUGGAGAAUAUGCAGCACCUACUCCCUCUUGCCUUGGUCGUCUCAGGGCUGACUCCUUCUGUAAUUCUAAAGCUGAGUAACGGUGUGAGGAUAUCGGAGCCCUUUUCUUUUCUUGCGUAUAUCGUGUGCAUGCGUGAGGCGAGGCCUGGUUUAAGCAUGAGAAAGACCCCCCCCUGCAUGAUACAGAGACAUGUCCUCUCCCCUCCCUCCAUCCUUCUCCUCCCUCUCUUGGCGUGGAGCAUGGAGACAAACCCGUCGAGCAUCGUGCGCUUCUUACUGCUCAUCGUCUGCUCCCACUCUCUGUCAUGUAGCCCAACCUGUUUGACUAAAAAGCUGAAUUAUAAACAGACAAAAUGUGUGUAAAACGCUUCUGUUGGCUUUUUGUUCACUGGUGCCAAACUCAGUUUUAUUUCUGUCUGUCCAGCUGUUUUUUGUUUUGUUUUUUUCUUUAGAGGCACACAAGGUUUCAUCAAACUGCCAAAUCUAGGAAGGCUACAGCUCUUCACACCUGAAUUAGUUACUUAACAUGUAGACUGAUGUUGCAGCCGUCACAUCUGGACCAAAAUGAGAUUUUUAAGGUUAAGAGAAGAAAAGUGAAUGUUUACAUGUCUCACAUUGAGAAUUGAAAAAAAAAAGAAAAAAAAAAAAGCAACCUUUGGACCCGUGACAGAGA